AUACUUCGCGUCGUCACGUCAUGGAUUACGUCCACGUGCAAGAAACUAGCUAUGUACAGCGGUUCACAGUAUGCUAAUCUGGAUGUUGUCACCAUAGCAGAAAAACUGUUCGUCUUUUGUAAUGAGCAGUCUGCUAUUUAGAGAGAUGUACACUCAAGCUCCAGGUGCUGCGAAAUAUGGAAAUUUUAUCAAUUACUACCAAUUUAACAAGCCAGAAGAACGUGUCAGACUCCUUCCGGAAAACUUUGUGGUGCGCGCUUGGACGAACAAACACAGAAUUGUGGCACUUGAUAUAGGAUGCAAUACCGGUGUAAGACGGAGCUAACAAUAUGCCUGUACAAGUACCUGACCAGCAGUGAAGGAACUGACGUGCACGUUCUGGGCAUAGACCUCGAUGCUGAGCUGAUCCAGCGUGCGCAACAGUCGAACCCAUUUCCAAAUUCAGUGCACUACAUGUGCUUGGAUGUUAUGGAUGAACAUUGCCAACCUACCCUUCUUACAUAUCUCAAAAAGUUACAGCAGACACACUUCGACAUUACAUUUUGCUUCUCUGUGACAAUGUGGAUUCACCUCAAUCACGGCGACGUAGGACUAAAAAGCUUUUUGGAAACAACAUGCAGAUACACAGAUUUUCUGCUUCUUGAAGCACAGACCUGGAAAUGUUACAGGAAUGCAUCAAGGCGUAUGAGAAGAGAGGGGAAAAAAGAAUUUCAAAAUCUUGAUUCAUUGAGUAUGAAUAUUAACGUUGUUGAAAAUAUCAGAGACUAUAUUGAAGGAAAAUGCAAUAUGGAUGUCUAUCAGUGCUUUGGUGAAACAGUGUGGAACAGAAGAGUGACCUUAUAUAAAAAAAAGCUGUGCUCUUAACUCAGGUGACGAGAAAGGGAAUUGAGUAAUUGUUGUGAUAAUUGUGCCAGUUCCAAAACGCAAUAAUCACCACUUGUCACCUCACUGCCAGUAUAAGUUUUAAUGCUCUCAUGCCUGACAUGUGCUGCUUAUAAAUGCAAGUAAGUCUGGAAGCAUUUGCCCCUGAAAGCUACAGAGUUGCCCACCCACAUUUGAAAUGUUGCUGUUGAUGGGGAUUUAGAUUUUUUGGUGCAGGGGCUGCUCCGGAGUGUUGCAAUCAUGUGAUAAUGGGCUUUGCUAUUCACACAUUGGCUGCAAGAGGGAAGCAUCUGUAUGCAUAUUCCUCUGAACACCUGACAAGGGCCUACAUCCCACAAUCCAAUAUGUUUGGGAGAAUUUUCCCCACAGCAUCUCUAAGAUAAACCAAAAAGACUGGGCAACUGCAGGGGCUACCAUGGCUGUCCAUAACUGUCUUGCACUCUGUUUUCUGGUUGCCCAAUUUCCAGAUUUGGAGUAAUUUUUGGUCUGAGUGUUCAGUGGCGUUGUCCGUUUCAGACUUCUUGUAGGGUUACCUAAAGAGUACCACAUUCACCACAUGUUCCCAAUAACCGGCUGACCUCUAAGGGCCGGACACGAAAUAGUGCAUACUAUUCCUCUGGACAUGUUCAAUCAUGUGGCACAGGACUUUGUCUUGUACUUACAGGAAUGUGUUGCCUGUAGUGUUGAGCACCCAUCCAACAUUACCUCAAAAAAAAGUUUGAUUUGGCAACCAUGAUACUGUAAAUGGCAAGCCCUUUUUCUAUAUUUUUCAAUAAACUUUCACUUUCUCCAAAU